UUGAAAGUAGAGUUAUGGAAGAAACAAGGCAAGAAGUAAAUACAAGGGAAGACGAUCAAAAACAGUGGGACGAAUCUGCAAGUCUUGAGGCGAGAGAGGCAAGGUCUGUUUUUAACCCCCAGCAAGCUCCAACAAGUUUUCUACAGCAACAAAGCUGCUCAGCUCUGUCAACCCCGCUGCCGACAAUCUGCUCACAAAAUUCUAAUGUGCUACCUCAGAUGCCGGUGUAUCCAACGCCUCGAUUUUACUAUCAAUGUUACGCCCCUCCACCUUACUCCAGACCAAUGUUUGAUCCAUGCGCUUCAUAUCAAGCAUUCUAUCAAAAUGAAGACUUUCGCCCAAAAGAGAAGCGCCGUCGGUGUAGAACAGUUUUCACUCAAGAACAACUCUUCCUUCUCGAGGCUGGAUUCGAUGAGCAAAAAUACCCGGAUGGUAAAUUCCGCCAAGAGAUGGCGGAAAAAACAGGUCUCCCUGAGGACAGAGUUCAAGUCUGGUUUCAAAACAGGCGAGCCAAAGAAAAGCGACUUAUGGAGGAGAAACUUUUCCGUGAAGCGCAACCAGAGAAUGUUACCACAGUGGAACACGAAAGAAGCCGUGUAGUCAGAGCUGACGACGAGAACCAAUCAAUGCUUGAUGCUAGUCUCCAGCCUCACCUCGAGGAAGACGUAAGAGAACUGGACAUAGUAACGACAGAAGUAGAGGCCAGCGGUGUUGUGAAUAAAUUUGGAGGCGAAGGUGAAGUUACAACUCAAACGACGACAGAGGCGCAUCUACCAGACAUCAAUAUCACCACCGUCUUGACUCCAGACCCCCUUACUAAUCCUAGCGUAUCUCGGGUUGAAUCAGCCGAGGCGAGAGUUGAUGGUCAAGUUGACGAGAACCAAGUUUUAAUUACAAUGGACAACUCAGUAAGUUCAUUUGACAAUCUUCCACGACAUCUUUUUGUCAACAACGAUGUUUCAGCCUUCUGUCAGAGCAGUAGCAACGGUGACAAUAAAAUCUUUCAAGGGAAUCCAAAAACUUUGGUGGAUGUUUACCUCGCUGAGGUUAUUCAAACACAAGGAGAAGAAGUCGUCAUUAGCACGGAAGAAACCGAGAUCAUUGGGCCUCAAGCGUGCACGGAAAACAUUGACUUAUUUGAAGGAAGGCGUUCGAAUUCUCCGGAACCAGAAUACAUAAAUCUUUGAGCAUAGAAUUUUAUUUUCAAAUACUACGUGAGACUGUGGUUAUUGCCGAAACUGCUGAACCUAGUAGGUUACGUGGAGAUAGUAUAGGAACAGAUUGUUCUUUUGCAUUAGA